AUGGAAUCUUCCGAUCAACGCCGCAAGCGGAAACGCAUUCUCCGGCAGUCUUCUUCUACCUCGUACUGUUGUUAUCUUCCUCGGCACUUUCUGUCAGUAAGAUCUCUUCUCGUGUGUUUCAGUUUCCUGACCUUUAUUUACGCCCUUUCGUAUAGAAAUCAGUUUUUGGCUUCUGCUUUUCGCCCGGCUCUCGUCGAUUCGAGCCUGUCGGUAUUGUCCUCGUCCAGCUCGAGAACGGUUAAAUCGGUUCGCGAAUUUCGCCGGUUAUUUUCUCCGGUGAGGAUCGAGAGCCGGGUUUUUCUCCCGGACCAUGUUCUGUUACUGGUGAGUGGUGGGAAAGGAUAUGGGUUUUUGAGGAAGAGCAGGGAUGAGGGUUUUGAGUGUGUUUAUUACUCGAAAAUCGAUGCUUCGAGAAAGUACAGCGGCGAAUUUGUAAGGAAAAGGGUGAUUUCUGUAGAUGAAUUUGAUGGGUUUAGAUGGGUUGUGAGGUGCCCACUCCCACCUGUGAAUUGUUCAAAUGCUGUCGAUUUGAUAUCUGGUAAAAAUCGAAUCUUUCGUGGGAAAAAUCGUUUGUUUUCGACAAUUAAUCGGAUAGCUGUAACCAGUUCUUGGGAAAAUUUGGCUUAUGAAGCUGUUCUUGAUGGGGACAGUGUAGUUGUUUUUGUAAAGGGAUUGAAUUUGAGGCCCGGAAGAGAAACCGACCCGAGCCCAUUUACCUGCCAUUUCGGAUUAUUCGAAAAACAGUCAAAGGGUGCAAACAACUCAUAUACACUCUCCACAAGAGCUCUAACCGCUGCUCAAGAAGUCGUGAGGUGUCCCCUUCCGAUUGGCCUUCGUAAAAUCGAUCACAAAUCUCGAGAAAUCCGUGUGACCGUUGGAUUCACUCCUCGCGUUCAUCAUGGCCGUGCUCUCGUGCCAUCCGUAGCCAAGAUUAUCAUUGACUCCUCGAAAUCCGAAUCGAGAGAUAAUAGUAAUAAUAUUAAAAUCAAGAAAAGACACGAGCUUUGCGUUUGCACGAUGGUUUGGAACCAAGCCUCCGCCAUAAGGGAGUGGAUAAUGUACCAUUCGUGGCUCGGAGUCGAAAAAUGGUUCAUAUACGACAAUAAUAGCAACGACGGGCUUGACGAGGCCGUCGAACGUCUCAAUCUCGAAAAUUACGAAGUCGUGAGGCGCGUUUGGCCGUGGGUCAAAACUCAAGAAGCAGGAUUCUCGCACUGCGCAUUGCGGGCGAGAGACGAUUGCAAUUGGGUCUCAUUUAUGGAUGUCGACGAAUAUUUCUACUUUCCAUAUUCUACCCCCGGCCACCAAAUGUACCGGCCGUUGGGCCACGCGUCCCGGGGCUCGCUCCGCGAGCUCGUGGCGAACUUCUCGGCAAACGUUGGGGAAAUCCGAGCAUCGUGCCACAGCUUUGGGCCUUCGGGCCUGAGCGACAGGCCCAUUAAGGGGGUAACGGUAGGCUACACGUGCAGGCUGCAGAGCCCAGAAAGGCACAAAUCGGUUGUCCGGCCCGAAGCUGUGGACCCCACGCUGCUGAACGUUGUUCAUCAUUUCAAACUUCGGGAGGGGUUCGAUUAUGUGAACUUGCCUUUAGGAACCGUUAUGAUUAACCACUAUAAGUAUCAGCUAUUCAAACGUAUGAUGAUUGUUGGUGGAGAGUAG